AUGGCAACCGACCUCUCUCGCAAUUUAAGGUACAAGUCUAUAUCAACCAGGAGCCCAAAUCUUGAUACGAGCUCGCUCGAGGUUUUAGCGAUCACAGGACAGAUUGCCAAUGUCGCGCAACUCGCGGGACUUGAUGCUGUCCGCCUCAUCAUCAUCAUCGUGGAGGCCGCUGCGAAAGCACGAAUCCAGAAGAAGAAUUGUCGAGAACUGUCGGAUUACUUGCAGCUCAUUGGCCAUCUCUUGGAACCACUCGACAUGUCGGAUCUCAAGACGUAUCCUGAGACGAGAGCGGCAUUGGAGCGACUGGAGAGUGCUCUGAAGAAGGCCUACGUUCUCGUCAACAUUUGCCAGAAUCAUAGCUUUCUGUAUCUCAUGGCCAUGGCGUGGAUACUUGAGCAUCGGUUCCAGAAAGUAGAAGCGGAGAUAGAACGGUAUUUGAGGCUAAUUCCGCUCAUCAAUCUCGUGGACGUCCAGAGAGCCAAGGUAUGUGAAAAUGCAUUCCUUGGGAUCUUCAGACGCACCAAUAGGCUUCAGGUAGAAAAACCAGCAAGAAGUGGACUUGGACUUGGAGUCGAAACAGCAGCAGGAACGGGUGGUACCGGAGUCGAGGUCGAUGCCAACCCAGACCUUGAGACCUUCCCGCUUAGCCAAUUGAAGCGUGCCACUAGGAACUUCUCGCAUGGGAACAUUGUUGGGGAAGGAGAAUUCGCAGUCGUAUACAAAGGUCGGAUGGAUGACAAAUUCGUUGCUGUAAAGACAUGGAAGCUAAACACCAACCAAGGAUUACAGGAGUGGGUGGUGAUUCCCUAG